AUUCUACAGAUAAAGUCAGACUAUUGAAUUAUUUGGGAAAGGAUAUUGUUGUCAUGGAUGUUGACAUGGACGAUUCCGGAAAAGAUAAUCCACCAAUCUUGCCGGAGAUUGAUCUUUAUCUCCAUUUAUUGAUGAUGAUAUAUUUGCUAGAUAAGCAAGAGUUUGACAAGGGUAUUCAACUUUCUAAUGAAACGAUUGCCAAAAUUCGAAGUUUGAAUCGUCGUACGUUAGAUCAGUUGUCCGCACGUAUCUAUUUUUAUUAUGCUCGAUUCUACGAGCUUACAGGAAAUUUGGCUGUAAUUAGACCAACUUUGUUAGCGGCUCAAAGAACUGCAACUUUACGUCAUGAUGAUGAUUCUCAGGCUACGUUACUCAAUUUGCUACUGAGAAAUUAUUUUCAUUAUAAUUUGUACGAUCAAGCUGACAAGCUUGUCAGUAAAACUACCUUUCCUGAAACUGCUGGAAACAACCAACAAGCUAGAUAUAUGUAUUACUUAGGUCGUAUCAAGGCCAUUCAGCUUGAUUACACAGUAUCGCAUACUCAUUUAUUGCAGGCCAUUCGCAAAGCACCUCAAAAUGCCGUGACGGCUGGUUUUCAGCAAGCGGUCUAUAAACUUUCGAUCAUUGUUCAACUUUUAAUGGGUGAAAUCCCUGAAAGAUCUAUAUUCAGAAAACCGGUUUUAAAAAAACCACUAGUUCCAUAUUUGCAUAUUGUUCAGGCUGUGCGAAUUGGUGACUUGUCACAAUUUCAAGAAACAUUAGCUAAAUAUGGUGAGGUCUUCCGUGCUGAUAAAACAUUUACUUUGAUCUUAAGACUUCGCCAUAAUGUAAUCAAAACCGGUAUCAGGAUGAUAAGUUUAUCAUAUUCUCGAAUUUCUUUGCGAGAUAUCUGUUUGAAAUUGCAUCUGGACAGUGAAGAGGAUGCCGAGUAUAUUGUCGCCAAGGCUAUUCGUGAUGGUGUGAUCGACGCUACUAUAGAUCAUGAAAAGGGUUUUAUGAAAUCGAAGGAAAACGUUGAUAUUUACUCGACAAACGAGCCUCAAUUUGCUUUCCAUCAACGUGCCAGUUUUUGUUUAAAUCUCCAUAAUGAAUCAGUCAAGGCAAUGAGGUUUCCUCUUAAUGCCCAUCGAAAAGAAUUGGCUUCAGCUGAAGCUCUGCGUGAAAGAGAAAGGGAACUUGCAAAAGAAAUUGCAGAAGGUGAAAUUGACGAAGAUGAUGAUGUUGGAGAUUUCUAA